CAGGUGAAAUGCUGCUUGACAAGUCGGGUGAGGAGGUAGUCCCAGAUGUGUCAUGAUAAAUGUAACAAUGCUAAGUAACAAACGAAUUCACCAUCUUUCUGGGCUGGGAUGUAAACAGGUGGCUGUUUGAGAAGACAUUCGCUUCUGAUGCAAAUCCCGGUUGGUCACAGCGUUCCUUCGUACACUUAGCUUGUGGUGUGCGCCCCUCGGGUUUUUAACAACCCCCUGAACCUCCAAAGCUUAUCAAAGGUCACGCCUUUAAGGUAGGGUUGUAAAAGUCACAGACUAAACUGAGACUGGAACUGUUGGCAGAAGAGUAACAUGUGGUAAGGAGAGUUGCUGACAACGUUUUGCUAGCAGCUGGCGAAGUCAAAGUUGGGGAGUCUUGGGACCAGUAACAUUCGCCGGAGCAAUGCUACACUUUAAGACAGCGACAACCUGCACGAUUGCAGAACCACCGGAGCCUGUGAGGAGGGGUAACAUUCGAAGAGUACGCCUCACUCUCCACACGGAUGCAAACUCCACCUCGGCCCGAGAUGAAACCAGGAGAGGAAAACCAGAAACGGAGGAGAAAACCAACACAGGAGACAAUAGGAAACGCAAUGGAUUUCUUCAACCUGACAAGAACAGCACACAAUCAUCUACAGGGCAUCUCGCCAAUGGCUUGGGUUCAGAGGAAUCUCCUCGGGUGUAUGGUGUGGUGCAGCGAGCUGACGCCAGUAAGGCAGAGGUGGUUGUGUACGAAUGGUCAGUUAACCAGCUUAAAGAGGAGAUGAACUACAUUAAGGAGGUGAGGCAUUCACUGGCGAAAGCCAGACAGCAAAUGUUUGGUGAGUUCAGUGGAAUGAAGGAGAAAAUACAAGAGCUGGCAGAUGAAAUGAAGAUCUCUGAGGCACAGCAGGAGUCCCUGCAGAAAGAGGUGAGGAAUAAUUCUUCAGCCCUUGAGCAGUACAGCCAGAUGAACAGAUCCCUGACAACUCUGACGAUUGACAUGCAGAAGUCUCUCUUAGAUUCAGCAAUACAUGCCAACAAGAGGAUGGAGGAAAUGAAAGAACUCCGAAAGUCAUAUCACCAGUCACUGGAGCAAAUGAAAGAGAAGGAUCAGCAGAUACAGAAUGUGCAAGCUGAAAAUCAGAACCUGAAACUCAGGAUAGAAUCUUCUCAGGAAGCCAAUGCCAGUACAAUACGGGAUAUGACCAGGAAGCUCUAUGGUCAAUAUGAAGCUAAACUGAAAGAGGCUGAGCAGCAGCACAAGGCUGAAAUGGAAGCCAUUCAGGCUCGAAUAAGCCAGGCCCUUGAAGAACUGGAGGAAGCCAACAAGAAGGCUGCAGCAGCAGAACAAAAACUAGCAGAGAGGGAUGAAAGGAUUCAGGAGUUGGACCAACUCGUUGCUCGAAUGGUGGAGGAGCGUCACCUUUUGCAGCAGAGGUUACAGGAGCAAGAACGGCAGCUCUGGCAGCUUAGACAGAGAGACGAACUGGACUCCAGAAACAUCAAAAGGUCCCAAAAACUGGAGGAGGAGGCUGCCAGUCUGCGGGAAAGAAUUCAGCACCUGGACAACAUGGUACACUGUCAACAGAGGAAAGUCAAGCAAAUGAUUGAAGAGAUCGAAAUUCUGAAAAGUAAAAUUCAACAGAAAGAUGUAACAAUCGAGGACUUAAUGGAAAGGAUUUCAUUUUUGGAAGCUGAGAAUAAAGAACUACAGGACAAGUUGGACUACAUGAUGUCUCUGGACCAACAAAAAACAGUGGACACCAGGGAACAAGCGGUGUCAUGUGAUAUCCCCAUCAGGAUUACUCCAGUAAAAUGCAACCGACAUACCUCAACGCCAUACACGAGGCUGAUGGAAUUAAGUCUCCAGAGACAGACAUCCUGAACGUGCUGCCUUUUUACAAUAUCGAUGUUCAGUUAGGUGUGCGGAGCUGCCCACCAGCCGCAGCCUUCAGCCGCUUUGACUAGAGCUGGCGCGGCUCAGAGCUGGUGAGGCACAAAGGUGAAGAUGACUUCUUUAUCAAACAAGUGCAAUAUCAUUAAAAUUGAAGGAGAAAAGGGCUCUGUACUAAUCCAUUAAUGUCAGGCAAUCUCUAUUUCACAAGUGAGUUAAACAAAAGACAAUGCAGUAUUUAUUAUCGAUAUAUAUUUUAUAUUACACCAUAUUUGUUUAUUUAGGAACUGUAGUCAGUUUUAUAUGUGUGCUUAUAUAUGAAUAUAUUAUAUGAAUCUCUAAAAUAUAUGUUAUAUAGAUAGAUAUAUACCCACAAGCCAUGAAGCGGUUUUGCAAAAUUAUUCUCUCAAUGUUGAUGUGCUAAAAAUGUGUAGUGACAAAUAAUGUGUUACUGUCCUCUAAGCUACUGCCUCACGUUUAGCACUGCAAUUGAAUGUGACUAUGGCAGCUAUGUCAGAGUUGCUCUUAUUCAUUCCAAUUACAACUGAAUACUAAAUGUGAAAUGAGUUUAUGUUCUGCUUAGAACCAUGAAGCAUAUAACCUAAUGAAAUGAAAUGUAAUUUUGAAUGAAAUCUUCACUAAUGGAAUAGAAUUGAAUUAUUUAUAAAGAUUGUCAAUUUUAGGUGUGAA